AUGCCGCUCCGGCAGAGUCUGUUGAGCUUCUAUCGCUCACACAGUUCAAAGAACGAGUCAGAGCUAUCUACUUCGUCCAAGUCACGCCCUACAUUCACACGAACCGCCAGCUCUGUAUCGUCAGACACCGAUCCCGACACGAUUGUUGUGUCGACCUAUCCUGCAACGCAACUGCCCACGCCGUCAGAAAGUUCUCUCGACGUGUCGAUCCAGGAUGCUCGUGCGGUAAGCAUGAAGCAAGUGCCAAAAGGCCGAGCAAGACGCGUCAGCCGUCGCCUUGCAAAGGACGAGAGUCGACAAGGCAUGAUUGAAGAUGCUGUGGACGAAAUAGAAAGCAUUAAAACCAGAACAGUCAGUGGUGAGACGCUUGUCAACAUGGACAACAAUGCAAGCCAGUCGACUCUGGUGAAAGAGAGCAUUGCUGCUUUGGACCUUACAUGGAACAUGAGUGAGGUGUAUUUGAAGGAGAGCAAGGCUGGCAUGCUAGAUAUCAAAGGCCAGCACGUUUUCGGUGAUAGUCAAGACGAUGAAGAUAUGUUAGACGACGACGUUGAAGAAAAGUCACGAGAGGACAACGCAGCAGCUAAGAAGGCGAAGAUGGCCGAGAACAACAGGCAGUGGGAGGAGCGCCGCAAGGCUGCAGAAAAACAAGCCAGCCGAAGAUCAUCGCGGAUCCCAGGCCUCGACAAGGCAGGAGAAAUAAUGUCAACGAUCGCUAGUAGUGUCCUAGGCAAGAGGAAGAAUGGGGCCACAGAGACAAGCAAGCGUUCCAGGAAGAGUACUGGCGGUAUCCCCUCGUCCAGUUCUCUUGAAGAGCCCCAACCGAAGAAACGACGUGUUAGUGAGAGUGUUAUCCCGGCGCAGCAGCAGGAACCCGUCUACCAGAAAACUCCUCAACGGCGUGAAAAGAAAUGGCUGUCGUCGGGGCUUUAUGCCGGUCAACCCAGGAUGUUUGACGGUCGGCUUACAGAGAGCAAGAACAAGAGAAAGAGUAGUAGUGGUGCUGUUCAGCCGGUGCGCGAGAACAAGGUGCUGCCACUGCCUAUGUACGCCGGGGAACGUUUGCUCAAGCAAGGUCGCGAUUUCAAGCUACCCUUUGACGUCUUCUCCCCACUUCCGGCUGGCCAGCCCAAGCCCGACGAAUGGAGAAAGGUAAACAAGAAUGUGUUUGUCGGCGAUGCGGCACAGGCCUGGCGAGUCUCCAAGUUCGAGGAGCAUUCACGGUGCAUGUGCAAGCCCUCAACCGGGUGCGACCAUAACUGCAUGAACCGAUACAUGUUUUACGAAUGUGACGACCGGAAUUGCAAUCUCUCAGAAGAACUAUGUGGGAAUCGUCAGUUUGAAGCCCUCCGUCAACGGGUCAAGAAAGGCGGCAAAUACAACGUCGGUGUCGAAGUCAUCAAGACAGAGGAUCGAGGUUACGGUGUUAGAAGCAACCGAACCUUUGAACCGAACCAGAUCAUUGUUGAGUACACAGGCGAGAUCAUCACCCAGGAAGAAUGCGAGCGCCGGAUGAAUACUAUGUACAAGGGCAACGAGUGUUACUAUCUCAUGCUGUUCGACCAAAACAUGAUCAUCGACGCUACUCGCGGUUCAAUUGCACGGUUUGUCAACCACUCGUGUGCUCCCAAUUGCCGCAUGGAGAAAUGGACAGUCAAUGGAAAACCGCGUAUGGCUCUCUUUGCCGGUGAUAGGGGGAUUAUGACCGGAGAAGAACUCACAUAUGAUUACAAUUUCGACCCGUACUCACAAAAGAAUGUCCAAGUAUGUCGUUGCGGAGCUGAAAACUGCCGUGGUGUUUUGGGACCCAGAUCAAAGGAGGAGCGAAAGCAAAAAAGCCCCGAAGAGGAGCCCAAGAAGACUUCCAGCAAACUGGCCGGAGCAAAGAGAAAGAUCGCAGAAGUCAUCGAAGAGGGGACCAGCCGUCUGACUAAGAAGGCCAAAGUUGCACCGAAGGCGAAGGUCUACAGAUCCACGGCGAGCAAUGUCAAAAGCCCGGUCAAAGUCCGCAAAAUCAAGGUGGUGAAGAAGGCCAUUCUUCGCAACCAAGGUAGCAGCCCUGUGGCAGGCCUCGCUCGUCAGCCUUCAAAGUUGAAGAAAAUAGUCGCCAGUGCGAAAAGCAGGACAACGCCCAAACAACGAGUAGUGUCGUCGAAUUCAUCAACGGCGUUGAUUGAGAAGGAGGACGACAAAGGGGUCACGAAGCCGCUCAGCCGAUCCUCGAGUUUGCGGGAGAAGGCAUCAAGCGUGAAAAGUCGCGUCGUCAGAACCGUGCGAGGAGCGCAGAGCGGCAAGAGCAGAACCAUUCGACCGAUUAUGGACGAAAUAGAACUGGAUGAAUGA